CUUUGUCUUGAUAAAUAAACCAUCGAGCACCAUCUUUAUCUGGACAUAUAAAAAAAGGAAACGAUGGCGUAUAUUUCUUCUUUAUCAUUCUCCCCAACCACUUUUAGGAGCUCCUUCCUCCGCCCCUUCUCCCCUAAGGUACUCGAACAUAUUUCAACGCCUAGCACUGUUUCAUGCAAAGCUACUAAUGAUCUCGAUCCCAAAAAGCCUACCAACAGAAGAGAUGUCCUCUUUGGUUUAGGAGGUCUUUAUUAUGCAAGCAGUGCUCUUUGUGAUGCAUAUGCCAAUGAUGCAAAGCCAGUCUCAGCUGUAGACAAAACCAGAAGAGGGAGAGGGGAUCUUGGCCCUGGCAAGGCAGCACAGGCAGCUGAAACAAAGAACAUGGUAUUGACAGCAAUCAGCGCUUUCCCUUUAGAUUUAGAUAAAGUGGUGAGUACUGAGGUUUCGAGGCCAAAGAAAUCAAGAAGUAAAAAGGAGAAAAAAGAUGAAGAGGAGGUUUUAGUGAUAGAAGGGAUUGAUUUUGAGAGAGGUGAGUUUGUGAAGUUUGAUGUGUAUGUUAAUGACGAGGAUGAUCCAUCACCCAGAGGACCGAACAAGGCUGAGUUUGCUGGGAGCUUCGUGAAUGUGCCUCAUACGAGUAGGACGAAAGGGAAGGCUAGUUUGACACUAGCCAUUAAUGAAUUGUUGAACAAUUUGGAGGCUGAAGAUGAUGAUAGCGUGGUGGUGACUUUGGUCCCUAGGUCCGGCAAGAGCCCUGUUAUUGGUGGCGUCAAAAUUGAAUAUGUAAAAGAAUGAUCGUCAUCAAGAUUGAGAAUGUCCGUUUGUGUGUAAAUAUAUGCUAUGCAUUUUUUUUAACUUUUUUGGCUUCUUGAGUUUAGCAAGAAAUGUUGUCUUUCUUAUAUAAUGUGCUUUAAUUUCAUUUCUGCGUGUAGUAAUCUUAUGUUUAGCAAAUAAAUGUUGUCUUCAAGAUCUAAAAAUAUUAUGAAGGAAAGAGAUUCUCUCUUCUUUCCUUUCUUCU